UUCAAAUGAAAUUAUCUAAUCUUGUUUAAUUUCAAAUCAAAAAUUUUAGUUUAGUUUCUAAAACACAGUGUCUUAACACAGUCAUGGAAAUUAACUUCAAGGGUAAAAGGGCUCUAGUUACAGGAGCUGGCUCCGGUAUUGGACGAGCCCUUGCCCUUAAACUGGCCCAAUGUGGUGCCACUGUCUUAGCAAUCGACCUAUCUUCUACUGCUUUAGAAACACUGAAACAGGAAAUACCGAACGGAGAAUUCGCCGCUGUUGACAUUUCCAACUGGGAAGCAACAAACACCACCCUUAGAAAACUCCUCCCAAUUGACCUUUUAGUGAACAAUGCUGGCAUAGCGUUCACUGACCCCUUGGAGUCAAUCACACAAGAACAAUGCGACAGGAUAUUUGCUGUCAACGUUAAAGCUUUGAUAAACAUCACCAAGACUGUGAUAAGCGACAUGGUUGCCAGGAAAUCACCCGGCGCCAUAGUCAACAUCUCGUCCCAAGCCUCCAAAGCAGCCCUUUUGAACCACUCGCUCUACUGUGCCACCAAAGGCGCAGUCGAUGCUUUCACAAGGGCUGUGGCCCUUGAAUUCGGCCCUUGCAACAUCAGGAUAAACUGCGUGAACCCUACUGUUGUUAUGACAGAUCUGGGCAGAAAAAUUUGGAGUGACCCGAAAAUGGGCGGCCCUAUGUUGGCCAAAAUUCCCUUAAAUCGGUUUGCCGAAAUUGAGGAUGUGGUUGAUGGUGUCUUGUUUUUAUUGAGUGAUAAGGCGCAAAUGAUCACAGGGAGUUGCGUCCCCAUUGAUGGGGGAUUUUUGGCGUGUUAGACAACACCAGUAAUGUAAAUAAAAAAUAAAUAAAUAAAAUUUUAGUUGUAAAUUAGAAGAGACUCAAAUUGU